CAGAUCAUAUAUUGUCAGAUGUGCGACUUUUAACACAUCUCAAUUGAGACGAGGACAACCGACCACGCAUACGCAUAUCAAUUGAGACGAGACCGACCGACUAUGCAUAGUCGUAUGCUAGGCAUUCUAAAACAUUAUUCUUUCCUUUUAUAUCCUCAUUUUUCAACCUGGUUUCUUUAUUGAUUAGUGAGAUUUAGCAUAAUGGGAAAAAGAAAAAAAAAUGUGAAAGGGACUGCAAUUUCAUAUUCUGAUAAAGGGUAAGCUCAAAUUAUGUUGUUAUGAGUUCUUGCUCCUUGUUUAUGUGUUAGUCUCUUCCCACGUGGAGGUGCUUUUUCAACAAACUUGUGACCACAAAAGCAAAACCUUAGUUUUGAUUAUUCUCACGAGAUUCCCAUAUUUCCAACUACUACUAUUUAUUCCCCCAACAAACUAGUUGUGAUAUCUUCUCUAAUAUCAAAUUUUACAAAUCUUUUCUCCUAAACUUUAUCUCAGAUACUGAAUCUUGUCUCUAGAAAAAGAAGUAGCAGAAGAAGUGCAGCUAGAAGGUUGUUUUCGAACCGAACCAUGGAUCAUUCGAAACGGCAUUGGAAGUUAAACUUAAACGCGCCAAUCAUGUCUACAAGGCGUCUCGGUUCUGUCGUUGCAGACACAUCAAGUUCAUUAGGUACAUUUCAGAACACAAGUGAAAGAGUUCCGUUUUCGUGGGAGAAAGAACCAGGAAAACCGAAAGAUACGGAGAGGAAUGGCUCGAAAUUAGCAGCAACCUGUCAUCGUUUGUUUCCUCGAAAAGAAACGGCGGAUCAAUCUGAUAUACUAGAUAAUGCUUGUGAUGAGAUGGAUGACAAAGAUGAUCUUUUCUCAGAUGCCAUGGAUGAUGUGUUUUCUUUAUCAGAAGCAUUGGAUAUUGUUCAAAGAAAAUCAGAGAAAGCUCAUAGUGAUAUCAAUGAAGGAUUGAAACUAAAGCUUGCAGAGUGUAAUGGCUACCAAUCUCCUACUUACUUGAUCAACCGUUUUCUUCCCGACGCAACCGCUUUGGCUGCAUCAUCGUCUGCUCUACAAUUUCAUAGCGAUUUUGCGGAGAAGGUUUGUGAUUCUUGUAGUUAUCCAGAAUGCUAUUUAUCGGAGUCGGGUAGACAUUCACAUUCAUAUGCUUAUGCUUCUGGUUCUUCUUCUUCAUCUCCAAAGGGUUGUGGUCUUGAAGCUCUCUUCCCUUGGAGAACUAUGAAGCACAAGUUUUGCGCUGUAGAGAGCCCUGUCCUGCCAUGCUCCACGACUACGAAUCUGCCAAGAACUCAGCGUGAGUCGAGACAGAAGAAACAUCGGUCGUCAGCGUACAUUCCUUGCACAAAUGUGAAGAAAGAUGUCUGAUGAGUCGUGUCGAGUCGAGUCGUUCUAGUUUCCUUUUCUUUUUGGUCUAAAAACAUCGGUCGUCAGCGUACAUUCCUUGCACAAAUGUGAAGAAAGAUGUCUGAUGAAUCGUGUCGAGUCGAGUCGUUCUAGUUUCCUUUUCUUUUUGGUCUAAACCCUCCGUAUAUUUUGAGUUAAACCAUGUGGAAUUCGAAGAUGCGAAGUUCUUUAUAUUUUUUGUUCAUAAAACUCAAACGCAAUUCAACGAAUAAGACUCAAACACAAUU